AAGAAUUAGAGAGAGAAGCAGAGAAGGAGAAUUGAGGUCCGUGAACCGGAGGAAAUCCCCUCGUCCCCUCUCUUCUCUCAGAAGCAUCAAACAGAAGAAGAAUAAGAAGAACAAAUCAAACUCACCUAUACACCGAGAGAGAGAGAGAGAGAGAGAGGAAAUGUCGAAGAAGAAAGCGAGUGGGAACACCAUGACUCUCAAGGACUUCCAUGGCGGCUCUAUCCCCACUGAUCUCCCUCUCCCCUCUGCUCCAGGCGUAAUUGUGAGGCCGUCGGAUCGUCCGGGUUACGAGCGCCCGAACGCGUGGGGAAACCCGAUGGGGAGACCCGACCACCGCACUCGGCCGCACUCGUCGCCUGCGACGAGGCAUUUCGACGAUAAGACUCCGUUUCUCGCACAUACCGUGCGCAUUGGCCGGAACUUCGACGAAGAUGAGCGGAAGCCCCUUGAUGGGGUCUCUGCCCCCCGCCGGACUGUCAGUGAUGAGAGCAUUCAGGUCCUGCCUGCCCGUGCUGAGCCAAAGCCUGAGUAUGGGGCAGUCGGGGGUUUAUCGGGUCGGCAGGGGAAUUCAUAUGCAGAGAAGGUCAACGAGGCGGCUUAUGCUGGGGUUGGUUCACAGAAUUUAGGUGGGAAUGGUGGGCAGGGAGUUGGUGGGGCUUAUCCGAAUGUGUGGGCGGUGAGGAAGGAGGCGGCGGGGGUUAGUGAACCGGUGCAACAAUCUGCCUGGUCUGGACCAACUGCUGUUUUGAAGUUGGCUCAUGCCAGCGCGCUUGAGAAGGUAUCUUCGGGUAGAUGGCAAUCGAAGCAUUCAUUCCAUUCUCAGGCAGAUAUUGAGGUUGUUAUGUCAUCCGAAACAGAGAGUGGCUUUCAGUCCAAGAGUUAUGUUAAUAGCAGCUAUGAUAGGGUGGAUGUUGUGGGUGUGAGAGAACAUUAUGACACAACAUUGGCGAGGCAGACGGAGAGGGUUCUGAAUGUUGAGGAUGGGGUUCGGGUUGCUAGGAAGGAGUUGCCAGAUUAUGGACGGGCUGGGGCUCCUAUGUAUUCAGAAGUAAAAGAGAGGAACCCGGCAAUUCUUAUAGAUAGGACUCAACUGGCUCAUAAUGAUGGAAAACUUAGUGGAUCUGAAUUGCAGCCCCCAGUGCCUCCAGAACCAUCAGAGCGACCUAAGUUGAAGUUGCUUCCAAGAACAAAGCCACUUGAAAGUUCAGAGCAGCCUGUUGUUGAUCAUACACAGGGGCAUCAACGGGUGAGUGACAUUGUUCAUGCUGAAACUGUUAAUGAAGCCUAUGCAAACACGAAUCCUGCAAAACCUAGCAUAGCUAGCAGUGACAGUGGGAAGCAGGCUGUGGAGCGUUCCAAAUUGAAUUUAAAGCCCAAGUUGAAUUUAAAGCCUCGGUCACAACCCGUUGAGCAAUCAGAAGGAAACAUUGAAAGAGAGAGGUCAGUAACUGAUUUGUUUUUUUUUUUUUUUGGCAGUGCUCCUUGUUGUUGGUUCUUUCUAUAUGUAUAUAGAUAUUUGUAAUUAGGAUGACAAAUACAACGGUAUGAUGCAAGUUUUAAAGCAUACUCUCUGAAUUAAACACUCAACUACAAAAAAUUGAUACUUUUUUUAAUUUUUUUGACUAUUCAAAGCCGGAGAGGGGGAAUACAAAAAAUUGAUACUUCAGACAUUAGAAUAGCUUACUAUCUUAUGUACAUCAUGUUAAAUUCGUAUCCUUUAGUCUCUUUAUUGAAAUCCUGAUUAUACAGGUUUGAGAAGUCUGUAUAUGUAGCUUUUAGAACAGCCUUGCAACUUUUAAUGAAUCUUUUGGAUGACCUUGAAUCU